CCAUGUGAAUUUUGCUUCUCCACUGUUCCAUGUUUAGAGCUGAGCCAUUUGAAGAAAUGAGCAAAUAUUGAGUUGCUGGUAAGAUAUGUGAAAAAACGGUAGCCCCAAGUUGAGGCUGGCAACUGUAUUGAGUCAGCACCAAGCUCUCUGCCUCUGUAUUAUACCCAAACGGAAACCCCUUUUCUUCCCAUCUGAUCUUCCCCUCAUUCUUCCUCCCUCUCCGGCCUCCCCCCCUUCCUCCCUCUCCAAGGUGAUAAAUUUACUCUCUCUCUCUCUCUGUACGCCCGCGCUUCUGAAGAACAACCACCUGUGUUGCGGCUGAGCUUGGCCAUGGGAGUCCGGUGUCACCAUGGCCGUAACCUCUCUGCAGCCUUAGUUCUGAUUUUCUUCGUCACAGCUUUGGGCAGCGCAUUGAUAGGCUUCUCUCAGGAGAAAGAAGAGCGCAACUUCAUAACCCAUAAGCAGUUGGAGGACAAGAAGUGGGAGCAAACGGCGGCCGGCCGGCUGCUAAUCGGCCCGGGUUCAUCUCCCCCGACGUGCCGGUCUAGGUGCGGUCAAUGUUUUCCUUGUUGGCCGGUUCACGUGGCGAUUCAACCCGGCCGAAGCUUUCCGCUGGAGUACUACCCUGAAGCCUGGCGCUGCAAGUGCGGCAACAAGCUCUUCAUGCCCUGAUUUGAGAUAAAAACAGGGGAAGAACUCUUCCCUUAGUUUUAACUAUUCUUGUUUAAAGGCGAGUGAUCGAGCAAGGAAAGCGAAGCAGAAGCUCUAUUAAUCUAACUCUCUUAGAUGAUAUGAUGCCUUCUUCCUGUAUUUAUUCUUAUGUAUAAAUAUUUUUAUGAAGGAGCUUAUUCUCGCUUUCUCUGCUCACUGUCCCUAACUGGGCGCCCUCUGUUUUCUAAGAUCAUGGUACUCUUCUCUUUUAAAAAACAGGGCAUCAUUGAACUCCAUAUUUAUUAU